UUCCAAUAAUUCCAGUCGUUCUGACUGACAGUUUCCUUUUUUGAACAACGCAGAAUUUUAGUUUGGAACGGACCAAGUAAAAAAAAGCCAGCUUUUUCUCCCUAAAAUCUAGUGAAAAACCUCUCAAAAUUCCUAUUGCCUGUUAAUGUGCCGCCAAAUAUGUUAAGUGCAUUUGUAUCUCGAAUGGUUAUAUUGCUCUUCGGCACUCUAUAUCCUGCCUAUGCAUCUUAUAAAGCUGUCCGUACCAAAAAUGUUAAAGAAUAUGUGAAAUGGAUGAUGUAUUGGAUUGUCUAUGCCUUCUUUACGUGUAUCGAAACGUUCACAGACAUCUUCCUAUCAUGGUUCCCAUUUUACUAUGAAGUGAAGGUGAUCCUUGUGAUCUGGCUGCUGUCGCCAGCAACAAAGGGCAGCUCUACACUUUAUAGAAAAUUCGUACAUCCCAUGCUAACGCGUAGGGAGCAUGAAAUUGAUGAGUAUCUCAAUCAAGCCAAAGAGAAAGGGUACACCACGGUGCUCCAGUUGGGCUCCAAAGGCAUGAACUAUGCCACGAGUGUCAUAAUGCAAACAGCAAUUAAGGGCGGCGGAAAUCUUGUGCAGACGCUAAAGAAGAGCUAUAGCCUGAGCGAUUUGUCCGAACCAGAUACACAGCGUACUCAAGAUGAGAUUGAUGAAAUUACGAGGCCACAAAGAACACAAAGAGUAUUGAGACCACGAACACAGAGUAUGCGAUCAGCUUCUGGAGGAAGAAAUGUGCCAGAAAUGUAUUUUCCAGAAGUUGAUGUACCACAUUCAAGAACAUCUCGGGAUGGUGUUCCAAAUUAUAACUAUAUUCGAUCUAGCGAAGACAUCAGCUCGGGAUACUCAAGUGCUGAGCCUAUGCCUGUCGCUCUUAGCCGCACAGCUUCCCUUUCUCAUGCAUCACGUGGUGCCACAAGACUGAGAUCUAAGCGAUCUGAGGCGGGUGAAAAUUCGUGGGAAGAUGACGGGGAAGGAGAUUAUCCUUUUAGUCCAUCAUCCUGUCCUCAAUCCCCUAAUUCCCUCUCCUCUAUGUCCUCCCAGAAUUUCCAAAAAUUUCAUUACUCCUCCGACGGGGAGCCACUUUUCUUGGUUGAAGAAGAGGACGACCCGGAAAUGAUUGAUGAAACAAGAAUUAUGGAUGUAACAGAAAAUGACCCAGAGUUUAGACAAGUUUUUCAUGUAGGAAAAAAGCAAUAUGACACAAAAAUGGAGGAAAAAUAUAGAUUAUUUGAAAUUUGGUUGAAAAAUCAACAGAAUUCCGUGAAAGAUCCUUCAAGUUUUUCUGAAGAUUUUCAAGAUACUUUUUCCGACCAUAAUUCCAGUGAAGAGGAAUUUCACGAACUCGAUGGGGGAGACAAUACUGAAAGUUUCCCGAUGCUAAACGAAGCACAACAAGAAGCUAAUAAUGAAGAAUUCCCAAAAUGCGAAUCGAAUGAAAUUAAAGAAGUUGAAGAACCUAAAGAACUAGUAAUAAUAGAAGACACAACUUUAUUGACGGAGGAUCUAAACACUAAUGUUGAAAAUAUUAAAGAACUCAAAAAUGAAUCAGAAGAAGCUACAAAAGGUGCGGAAAAUGAUCAAACUUCCAUUUUAGAAUUAGAAAGACUAGAUGACGACACAAUCACAAAAGAAUUUCCUCUAAAGGAUGAUACCAUUAUCCCAGAGACAGUAAAAGAGAUCCUUCCAUCUUCAAAUAAAAAAACACCAUGUCAUAGCAAGGGCAAGGCUCCAGAACCACCUACAGUAAUUCCCCAAAUCUCCUCUCCAGUUUCUGCAAACGAGGAGGAGGCUGCUAAAAGUCCAGAAAAGAAAGCAAUUAGCAAGAAAAGUAAAUUUCUAAACUAUUUACCGGGCAUUUUGCGAACAGACUCAACUGCUAAAUCCACAAGCACUGACAAGCUUCCCCGUGAAACAUCCAUUUAAUCCUCCCAUCGUCCUUCCUUCUUCCUCCCACAAUAAAACUAUUAUACAUAUUGAUAAAGUAUCGAUAAAAGGCAGGAAGAUUUUCUUCUUUAAAUUCUUUUUUGCCUAUGCUAACUAAUCCCGAUCUUGUUAAUUUCUUUAUCUUGCUUUGCAUUAUCCAUGAACGUGUUUUGAAAUCAUUUAAAAGGUUUAAAAAUUCUCAUUUUCAUUUGCUUUAACAAAUUUUUAAAGCAUUUAUGCAAAGAGGACCAAAGCGUUUUAGUUUUUUUUAAAUUAUUUGUUUUGUUUUUUUAUUUUGUUUUAAUAGUUUUAUUAAAUAAACAAAAUUGGUAUUGAGAAAAUUAGUUAAACUGAUUCAAAUGCUUCUUUCAAGGAAUUUGAUUUAACAAAAACAUUUAAAUAAAAACAACAGGGAGUGUGAAUGUCUAAAGUUUAUUCUAAAAGUUUUGAUGCUUAAGGAUUUUCUUCUGUAAAGAUCAAAGAAAUUAUUUUCCUCUAAAAAACAAAAAAAUUAAAGGAAUUGAAAGUGUCAAACGUUAGAAAAGUAAGUUCUUUAAACUUUAGAUAAGAAACGAUAAAUAUUAAAUAAUUUUCCGAGGAAGUUUUCAUUACAGUGAACAAACAGACGGAAGUAAAAAUUAUGAAGCUUUUUUUAAAAUCUUUGUUCAAAAGUAUCUUAUUAUUUUUUCAAAAGAGAUGAAUCAACUUUAACUCUUACUUUAAUAAAACAAUUUUAUUUCAAUAAUUUUUAAAAAUUAUUUGUUAUGACUUUAUGUCAAGAUGAUUUCUUUUCACUUUCUGUACCUACACUAACGAGUUUUUACUUUAUGAUUUUUUUUAAAUUCCAAAUAUUUUUUCUUGUUUGCUUUAUUAUUUGAGAAAUGCUAAUAUGUAAAAAAAAUCCUUCAAGCAACUUUUUACAAAAUAAAUUCUUUUUUCUUCUCAGGAGAAAAUCAUCUCAUCGAGCUAUUCUACGCUUCCGCGAAGCCGCAAAACGGAGAAAAUGCUCAAAACUAAGGCUCGAGCAGAGAAGUGAAGAUAUCUGCCAUGAAAGUCAUGUUUAUAGAAAUGAAACCCAACGCAUUUUUUUAUCCCACAAUUUUUGAGUGAUAGCAUUGGAGCUUUCAUUCCUUUUCCAUCGAACUAAAAUUUCUUAUUUUGUUAAGAAAAGAAAAUGAGCUUUGCGAAGGAAAGGUUUCUUAUUUUGGUGCUAGGCUAGGCAAAAGAAGGAUAUUGCCGCGAUGGAUGAGGUAUCGCAUACUUCUUUCACUCGAAUUAGACUGAUUUUGUCAAAUCGCGAGAGACAUCAUUUUGUUAGACAAUGGAGAGUCGAAUUAGUCACGAAAAAAAACGAUAUCCUUAAAUCUCCUAUAUAAUAAAAGAAUAAAAAAAUUGUAGAGCAUUAGGAAAAAAAAAUAAUGAUAGAAGAAUUUAUUUGUGAUUUAUCUCUCAUAUCUUUAUAUACCAAUUUAAACAAAAAAUAAACUAGAAUGUCGUUAGGUAUUUUGCAAGUUUUAAAUUUGUAAAUUAGUUAGAAUAUCCCAAUAUGGAAUGUUUUUUUUUUAUUUAUAUCCUCCAUUAAGAGCAAGAUUAAUAAAUUUUUUGAUUGUAUAACGAGAAA